ACAGCUAGCAAAGUCUGCUUUAAAAAUCUGUACUCUUUGCAGGAAUUCAAUCAUUUUGCAGCAGUUGUUGGGAAGCGAAGACGUGUAACUAACCUGGUCCUGUGAAAACUCAUCACAUACAUUCUAGUUAGUUAGUUUGAAUACCAGUUACAGCUUUUAGCUUUCCAUAAAACCAGACGAUGGAGGGUGGUGAACGUGAAACGGCAGAGUUAUUGUACAAGAUGGAGAGAAUCAAAGAAAUACGAUUCAAAGCAGUGCAGCUGGAGAAACUGAAAGGGCGUCUUCUCCAGGAUGUAGAGGAGACAGAGAGUGAGGAAGAGAGGAUGAAGGAAUAUCGUAAUGAAAUGGAGCUCCUUAAUCAAGAAAAGAUGGCACAUGUAGAAGAACUCAGGCAGAUACAUGCAGACAUCAAUGCUAUAGAAAAUGUGGUGAAGCACGCUGAGCAUGACAGGAACAGAUCUUUUGAAGCAGCAUGCCAGGCCUAUCAGGAGUACAUGUCUUUGAAGGGUGAUAUUGACUCCAUGAGAACAGCCAUUGGCCUAGAGGGGCUACCAACACUGAGUGAAGAUGAUGGAAGACUAACCCCAAGUUAUUUUCGAAAGAGGAAAUCUGACUGGCAGGAGGAGCAAACAGACGCACCCCUGCCAGCUCCACUGACGAUCCCUACAGACACCACGCCUACAUUCCAGCUACCCUCAACAAGCCACAGCGAGGAACGCCCUCCAUUCAGACAACAACCCCCUCCCAUGAAGAAUUGUCUGUCUUGUCAUCAGCAGAUUCAUCGCAAUGCUCCAAUCUGCCCUUUGUGUAAGGCAAAGAGUAGAUCACGCAAUCCCAAGAAGCCAAAAAGGAAACAAGAGGUCAACUAGAGCAUGAAGACACAGUAAAAGGUUCGGCAAUGGGUUUGGAACAGCUAAUAUGGUUUAUCCACUAAAACUAACCUUGGAUUUUUAGUCAUGAAUCAAAAGUAAUGAGAUACCAUUGUUACUUGCCAGAUUUUAAAAAUAUUAUUAACAAAUCAUUUUCUGCAAACUGCUGAUCCAUUUCGGGUACCACUUGUUGAGCGAGGGAGCCUUACAAAUUGUUCUUCAAGCCCAGUUCAUACUUCCUGCGAAUUCGAAACAAAUUUUGACGUUACAAAUAUGCUAAGAAUGAGUGGCAACAGUUAAACUGUGUUCAUCUCCUGCGAAACUUUCGCUGUGAAACAGCCAUGUAACCUCAAAAUUCUCUUGGCAUUCGCAUUCAAAGGAAGUAUGAACCGGGCAUAAGAUGCAUUAUAUCAGUGGGUAACUCAUUUGGAUGAGAAUAAAUUCAUAAGCCAGUCAAGCAGGCAGAGACAUGCAGUGAUGUACAUUUUCAGGUUGUAUAACUUGCGCUUUUAGUACAAUCAGUUUUACUUGUAAAAGCUUAAUGAUGUCUUCACAAAAAAAGGUUUUCACUUAUGGUGGAUUAAAAACUGUUUUAAGUUGACCACACUUUGUGUUUAACCAUUAUGAAUAACUAAACCAUGCUUUUCAGUUCAGCAAACUUUAUUAUCUCAUCCUUGUAAAUAAUCCAAGCUACGCAAAGUAUUUAAACGUUUGUAGCCUUUACUAAGCUUUAACCUAGUUAAAUCCAGCACACACUGCAUAUAACAUUGACAAUAAAUUGGUAUGGGGGCACAUACAAAGGGAGGUUUAACCCAUUUAAGUUUAUUAACCUUUUGGUGGUAGAGAGUGCAUGGAUUCCUCCAGAUAUUUUGUUGAUAUUUUAGGUUAUAAUAAACCUUGAUCAUUUUCAAAUGUUCCAAAUUUGCCUAGAGAAAGUAAAAUUAGUUUUAUAUUUGAUAUCCCAGCCUAUUUUCUAUACCAUCCGCCCAGGUAAUAGUUAAAAAGCAGGACAGUUCUUUUCAGAACUGAGAAGU